AGUUGGGUGAUUCAGGUAUGGGCGAGGGAGCUCACCAUACCUUCCAGACCCUACUGGAUUGGCCGUUGAUACGAAGCACGACAUAGCCUACUUGCUAGCUUGCUCACGCCCAGUAAGGGCGAAGCUUGAGUGGCUGUCCGAAUUAUCGUGUUAUAUGAAAAUCCCCAGAAAGCAGUGGAACGCGACCUUUGUCAUCAUCACGAUCGCGUGCUCAACAACACAGCCUGUGAACUCCUUGAAGCGCUUCAAAUGUUGCCCAUGCGCAGUGCUUGACAUUUCAAAGUUGCUUCUCCGGUGUUUGAACAGGAAGGCGGACAUGUUGGUCAGGCAGUGGGAGAAAAUCGGGCAUAGUCUAUUUAAAAAAAAACACACAUCAAAAGCAGAUGUAUCUAUGUAGAACCAGCACGAUUUUCGUCUGUAUCGGUCAACAUCAAUGGCCGAUGACCAUGUGAUAUUUACUACGAAAGGACAGUAAUGAAAUGUUUUAACAAGACCGUGGUUUAAACUGAUCGAAAUUUGGAAGCAAAGUUUUUUUUUUCUUUUUUCUUCUCGCCACUUCUACUUUGCAGCUGUCAGACUAAUUUUACUUUUUUUUGCAAGGGUCUGGCACUGAUGGACAGGCCUGGAGUAAUGUGGCUAGUUUGCAACGCCGGAUUUAUAUCGCCGGAUUUAAAAAACAAGGUUUAAUUUUUAUAAAUUUAUUUUGGAUGUAUAGGUAUCUUUUUAAAGUCCUGCACAACUCCGCUGCUGCAUCCUGUGGUCGCCGACUAAUCUGUCGUCGAUGCAGUUAUCUUAUUUUGAAUAGUUGAAGUUGUCUUCGUAAUCUGAGCUGGUGAAACAUUUUUCUCUUAAAAUGUGGCUUUUGAAUAUCAAAUGUGUCAUAGUCUGUGAAAAAACGAGAAGAAACACGUUUCUUUGAUUCAAACUGCGGGUUCUACGGAAUUGUAGCUAGCGUGACUGAGUUCACGCGAAGGGAAGAACAUUGGGCUAGCUAACUAGCCCUAUAGCUAUAAUUCAUUUUAAUUGUAACACCGGCGUGGAACUCUACUUAACUGCAACAAUGUCUGCUGGAGAAAGUUUGGAGGCUCGUUUUGAGAAAAUCGAUGCCAUGUUGAAGGACCCGAAGUCGGAAAUAAACACGGAUUGCCUUUUGGAUGGCUUGGACGCGUUGGUGUACGACCUUGACUUUCCAGCCCUGAGAAAAAACAAAAGCAUCGACAACUUCUUGAAUAGAUAUAAGGACACCAUCAGUAAGAUCCGGGACCUGCGGAUGAAAGCAGAGGACUAUGAGGUGGUCAAGGUUAUCGGGAGGGGGGCGUUUGGAGAAGUGCAGUUGGUAAGACACAAAGCCACGAUGAAGGUGUAUGCCAUGAAGCUGCUUAGCAAGUUUGAGAUGAUAAAGAGGUCGGACUCUGCUUUCUUCUGGGAGGAGAGGGACAUCAUGGCCUUUGCCAACAGCGCCCUGGUGGUGCAGCUGUUUUAUGCGUUCCAGGACGACCGUUACCUCUACAUGGUGAUGGAGUACAUGCCCGGCGGAGACCUGGUCAACUUAAUGAGCAACUAUGACGUCCCCGAGAAGUGGGCCCGCUUUUACACCGCCGAGGUGGUGCUGGCUCUGGACGGGAUCCACGCCAUGGGAUUCAUACACAGGGACGUGAAGCCUGAUAACAUGUUGCUAGACAAAGCAGGCCACUUGAAGUUGGCAGACUUUGGGACCUGUAUGAAAAUGAACAAGGACGGUAUGGUCCGAUGCGACACAGCAGUGGGAACACCAGACUACAUUUCGCCAGAGGUACUAAAAUCCCAGGGAGGAGAUGGAUAUUAUGGCCGGGAGUGUGACUGGUGGUCCGUGGGAGUCUUCCUAUAUGAGAUGCUUGUCGGUGACACACCGUUCUACGCUGACUCGUUGGUGGGGACGUACAGUAAGAUCAUGAACCACAAGAACGCACUGACCUUCCCUGAAGACAGCGACAUCUCCAAGGAUGCCAAGAACCUCAUUUGUGCCUUCCUGACUGACAGGGAGGUGCGACUGGGCCGUAACGGGGUGGAUGAGAUCAAGAGGCAUCCUUUCUUCAAGAACGACCAGUGGACAUGGGAGAACAUCCGAGAGACGGCGGCCCCGGUAGUGCCUGAGCUGAGCAGUGACAUCGACACCAGUAACUUUGACGAAAUUGAGGAGGACCGGGGAGACGAGGAGACCUUCCCCAUACCGAAGGCCUUCGUGGGCAACCAGCUGCCCUUUGUGGGGUUCACCUACUAUAGCAGUCACCAGUUCUCCCGGAGCACCAGCACCAAGAGUGUUGACAAACGCAGCAGCUCCACCAAGGAGGACAAGAGCCACCUGGAGAACCUGCAGAAGAGGAUCUACCAGCUGGAGGAGCAGCUACAUAGUGAGAUGCAGCUAAAGGAUGAGAUGGAGCAAAAGUGCAGGACUACAAAUACAAAACUCGACAAGAUCAUGAAAGAGCUGGACGAGGAGGCCAACGUGAGGAAGGGUGUGGAGGCCAGUAUGUCCCUCCUGGAGAAAGACAAGAUGAUGAUCCAGCACCGAGCCACAGAGUACCAAAGAAAGGUCGACCAGGAGGCCGAAAAGAGACGCAACAUGGAGAACGAGGUUUCCACUCUCAAAGAGCAGCUUGAGGUCAUGAGGAAAAUCAGCCAAAACUCUCAGGCCUCAAAUGACAAGAUCCUACAACUGCAGAAGCAGCUGGAGGAGGCCAAUGACCUGCUGAGAGUGGAGUCAGACACGGCUGCUCGGCUGAGAAAGAGCCACACGGAGAUGGCCAAGUCCAUGAGCCAGCUGGAAGGGCUGACCAGCGAGCUGCAGGAGAAGAGCCGCUCGGCCGACGGGGGGAAGGCCCAGCUGGAGAAAGAGCUGCUGCAGCUGCAGAGCACCCUGGACUCUGAGAGGAGGAGCUACAGUCAGGGAUCAGAGGAGAUCCAUGAGCUACAAGCACGAAUGACGAGUCUUCAACAGGACAAUAAGAACUUGAAGCUCAGCCUGUCCAAAGUGGAGACGGAACGCAAGCAGGCCCAGGAGAGGAGCAACAACCUGGAGAAGGAUAAGAACAACCUGGAGAUCGACCUGAACUACAAGCUAAAGACACUGCAGCAGCGUCUGGACCAGGAGCACACAGAACACAGGGUGACGCGGGCCCAGCUCACUGACAAAUACGAGUCCAUUGAGGAGGCCAAGUCGGCUGCCAUGCAUGCGGUGCAGCACAAGGUGUCUGAGGAGAGCGGGGCGCGGAUGCGAGCGGAGAGCAGGGUGGUGGAGGUAGAGAAGCAGUGCUCCAUGCUGGAGUUUGACCUCAAGCAGUCGGUGCAGAAGAUGGAGCAGCUGAUGAAGCAGAAGGAGAGGCUUGAGGACGAGGUGCAGGCUCUGCGGAUCCAUCUGGAGCAGGAGUCCAGUAAGAGGCUGCUGGCCCAGAACGAGCUCAAGAGCCGCUCCCAGGAGGCGGACCGGCUGAAGGGCUCGGAGAAGCAGCUGAAGCAGGAGAUCAACACGGCACUAGAGAACAAGCGCUCUCUCGAGUUCCAGCUAGCACAGCUCACCAAGCAAUACAGGGGCAACGAGGGACAGAUGAGGGAACUUCAGGACCAGCUUGAGGCCGAACAGUAUUUCUCAACUCUUUAUAAAACUCAGGUGAAGGAACUGAAGGAAGAGAUCGAGGAGAGGAACCGGCAGGUCCAGGAAACUCACAAGAAGGUGCAUGAGCUGCACAGCGAAAGGGACUCCCUGUCAGCCCAGCUGGAUCUGACGGUGACCAAGGCGGAGUCUGAGCAGCUGGCCAGGGCGCUCCAGGAGGAGCAGUACUUUGAGCUGAGCCAGGAGAACAAAAAAGCCAUGGCCAGACACAAGCAGGAGGGUUCCGAGAGGGAUUCAACCAUCGCACGGCUUGAGGAAUCCAACAAAACCCUGACCAAAGACGUGGAGAACCUCAGUAAGGAGAAGGCCGAGCUGGACCACAAGCUUCGCACUCAGAAGGAAGAGUAUGACUCCCAGAAAGAGGAGAUUACAAACACAAUCAAGGCCAACUAUGAGAAGGUUCUCAGCACAGAGCGCACACUCAAGACUCAGGCGGUGAACAAACUGGCAGAGAUCAUGAACAGGAAGGACAUGAAGCUUGACACCAAGAAGAAGGGGAACACGACCGACCUGAGGAAGAAGGAGAAGGAGAACCGCAAGCUGCAGGUGGAUCUCAACCAGGAGAAGGAAAAGUUCAACCACAUGGCCAUCAAGUACCAGAAGGAGCUCAGCGAGAUGCAGGCGCAACUGUCGGAGGAGUGCACGUACCGCAACGAGCUGCAGAUGCAGCUGGACAGCAAGGAGAGUGACAUUGAGCAGCUCAGGGAGAAGCUCAACGACCUGCAGCUGCGCAUGGACAACUCCAGCGUCAUCAGCCUGCAGACGGAUGAGACUGACAGCAACAUCGCUGAAUCCAGACUGGAAGGUUGGCUGUCCAUUCCUAAUAAACCUAAUAUCAAACGAUAUGGCUGGAAGAAGCAGUAUGUGGUGGUGAGCAGCAAGAAGAUUCUGUUCUACAACGAUGAACAGGACAAAGAACAGUCCAACCCCUCCAUGGUACUAGAUAUUGACAAACUGUUCCACGUGCGUCCAGUUACCCAAGGUGAUGUGUACCGAGCAGAGACGGAGGAGAUCCCAAGGAUAUUCCAGAUCCUGUAUGCCAACGAGGGGGAGUGCAGGAAGGAGGCGGACAUGGAGACUGUCUCGCAAGGGGACAAGACCAACUGUCUGCCCCACAAAGGUCACGAGUUCAUCCCCACGCUCUACCACUUCCCUUCUAACUGUGAAGCCUGCUCCAAGCCCCUGUGGAAUGUCUUCAAGCCUCCACACGCCUUGGAGUGCCGCCGCUGCCACGUCAAGUGCCACAGGGACCACCUCGACAAGAAGGAGGACGUCAUCGCCCCCUGCAAAGUGAACUACGAUGUGACCUCUGCCCGGGACAUGCUCCUGCUGGCCUUGACACAAGACGAGCAGAAGAAAUGGAUUGGCCACCUGGGCAAGAAGAUCCCCAAAACACCGCCCUCCUCCUUCCUGAGGGCGUCGCCCCGCACCCUGUCCACCCGCUCCGGAACCAACCAGUCCUUUCGCAAGAACCCCAAAAGCAUAACGGGCAAGCCAAGGUCGCAGUCUCAUUCUGCUACCACAGCCUCCAGCCUCCAAGCAACAGACACAACAUCCAGCACUUGUUGACAACUCCUCCACACCAAAUUUACAGAAGUCUUAACUUUUUAGACCAUCUCCUUCCUGUUUUGGCCUGACUAUUUAUUUAUUAUUAACUGACUGCGUUGACGGUGUAUAUAACAUCAGUGGAAUUGUCCUCCUUUGUGGUUCUUUCUCGUUUGACUUGGGGAACUCUUUCUAUCUAAUUUGACACUAAAGUGUUGUUGGUUGGUUUCAUUGACUAACUCUUAGCCCUCUAUGCAACCUUUCCUGAAGCAGGUGCCCCAUAUAUGGGUUGUUGUAUUUCUCUCAAGAAUGAUGCCAGAGGCUAUCAAAGACAUAAUGAAGUUGCAGUUACUAUGUCUUUAAAUCCAUUUUUCUAUGUAAUAUAUUAAUAUCUAUCGGGGGUACUAACCAAGUGUCAAAUGUCUUCCACUCUUUUACUGGACACCUGUUUUCUCUUCUUUCUUCCAGCUAACCAUCUGAACAUUUGGAUUCUAUUGGGACUUUGUAUUUUUUCUUAUCCCCUCCAUUAUCCCUCACGUUAAAGGAGAAUCUUUAUUUUAUGUAACAGUAAAUUAAAUCAAUCUGACCAGGGACGGAAAUUGGGACAAUUAUCUGACACAAGGCAUCAGGGACAUUGAGAAGGCCUGCUAUUUCCCUCACCCCCUCCUCCCCUAUCCUCACCGCGGAGCCUCAACUAAGACUUCCUCACCCAGGCACCACAUACUUGCAACUCUUCGUUUCUUCCAGAAGAUGGCGUGGGCGACUUGGAACCUGAAUGGAAGAUGGAGAGCAAUAGAAAAGGGAUCAUGGUAUGCAGUGGGUAGUACAUAUUCCAUAUCAGUCAUGGGAAGGGAUUCCGGUUGAAUGAAUGACUGCAGGUUUUUCUGGGGCUCUUGCAUGUCAACAUGGAGGUAUUGUAGUACAGGGAUUGGCUUAACUAUGCGGUGAAUGGGUACAUCUCGGGGAUACGGAAAUGUGGUUGUUUUUUUCUUCCCUUGUCAGUAACUCUGUUUCCUUCAAUGUACUUUGAUGCCUUUGACUGGUGGCCUUUACGCUUCUAUCCCCUAUUACUCUGCACAUCAGUUAUACCAGGGGUCGGUUGGGACAGAGUAUGUAUUGGGAACUGAGUAUUCGAUAUUUUUGAGUAUUGAGUGAGGAGCAUGCAAGAUCAUUUCAAUCUAUGCAUUAUUAUUUUGAUUAUAAUUAUUGUUAUUGCUCCAAGCCAUAAGGAAAUUCCAUUGUAAUGGCAUAUAGGAGACCUAAAAACUUCAGUUUUUUUUCUGUGUUCAUUGGGUACCUUGUUUUCUGUAAUAUUGUUUUUUUUUCAUGUAUUUUUUGUAUGUAUUGCCUUACAUUGACUCAUAGAUAAAUGGUUCAAAAGGAAAACGUUAAGUUAACAAAUGUAAAACUGCACUGUUUGAAUUGUAAAUUAUUUGUAGAAAACUAAACAGGUGUAGCAUUUGGCCCACCUAGUGCCUUAACGUUUGGAUAACAAUUUUACUGCCAUAUCUGUUUGUGUUUAUCUCCAAAAACAAGACAAAUCUUAACUCUUACAUCAAUCUUUUUUAAAUAUCUGCCACACUGGUUUUAUCAGAACGUUCCGUCUGGUUUGGGUAUAUCCAAUGCCUCUUUAUAGACUCAUUGCAAUAGUUUAAUGUGUCAACACAAAGUUCCCAGAGUCCAGUAUGUAUCUCACGAAAGUCUCUGGAUGGUGUACCUUGUUAAAGAUGUUAUAUUAAUAUGGUAUUGUUUCAAGCAAACCCCACUCAGUGAACAAUAUUAGAAAUAAAAUAAGGAUCAUGAAUACCUCAAUAAUUCUAAAUGUUUAAAAAAAACUUUGUUCAGUAAAAAGAGAAAAGCACUGGAACUAUGAUCUACUCUAUUUUGUCUUGGAUGAAUCACAUGUUUAAUUGCAAUGGAGGCCACACUGAUGGAUAGGUGUCAAUAAACAUAUCUUUAUCAUCUA